AUGGUCAGCACGGAUAAAUCGGUUCAUCCAGACGAUGAAGUGACCUCGAUUUCUGGGCUCCAAAUACCGGUCACAGCUUCCAAACAAUUUUCCUCCGGUUUCCGGAGCGGCUGUGUGAGGCUAUUUCACAAUUUCCUACGUUUACCAGCUUCGUGGCCGCCCCGAAAGCGGCUUUACUUGCGAGCCCCUUCUCGAUCUGUACCUGGUUACCGGCAAACAUCCGAUCCCGGUCUACUUUUAGCCGGUUUCGUUGCUCCUUCUCUGUGCCACGAAAAGCUUGCAGAGCGGGAACUCUCCCUCGAGAAAGCCAAAGGGUACCUCAAGACGGCGUUUUUGGAUCAAUUUAUGCUAGCAACUAAAACUCUCAUCCUCCCCCGGCAUGGCAACCGAGGUUGGAACAGGCCUAAAUGGCACGACGACGUUUCCCACCGGAUGACCCUUCGUUUAUGCCUGGCUUCCACUGCCCCCAGCAAUGUCCACCCGAUCUGUCCCCACUUGCAGAUCCCUUUGCGUCCCCACGGCUCAUGCACUUUUGCGAGCUGA